CUACAUAUCCUCCUUCCCCGCCGCUCUCCCCUGCUCUGGUGCUGCCUAUGCUGAUGUUGUUACAUCACACUGGCUCACAGACUGACUGCUGAAGCUACUGCAUAGCAGACACGGACCCCAGACCUGCAGAAUAUAUCUGAAUAUCUCUGGAUCCGAAUUUUGCCUAUUCUGUUUUAUUUCUGUGUGAUUUUUAUUUGUUUAUUCGGAAUAUUAAUUUCGGGAGGAUGUAGGUAGAUCGCAGUGCGAGAGAUUCCACAUACCGCUAGUCGGGGGAAAAAAGAAGACUAAAAAAAACAGCAGAAAAAGGCGACAAGCGAAUCAUGACAGAUGGACUAUCUAAAUCCUCACGCAGCACCAGUAACCUUUCCGAGGGACUUUUAUCUCUAACGCGGCUAAUAACCCAGUACUGUGUACCAUAAUCUGAAAAUAGCAUUAGGCAGCGCUCAGAAAACACUGCAUUGCUGCUGAAGGAUGAAAAACAACGGCAGCACAUCCGCAGUCUUCCGCAAGCAGAGGAAUUUCCAAAACAAGUUUGUCUGUCUUGUCUGACUGACUUGCUUGGAAGUUGACACAAAUAUUAGUAUCUCUCUUGAGUGUUGAUAUUGAAUAUUUAUUUUGAAAAUAUAAAUAUAAUCCUCCGUCUCAGCAACUGUGUGUGACAUAUGGUCCAAAUGUAACAGGCACUGCACCUGUGCCCAGUCAAUAACAGGUUACGCCCAUGUAAAAUGGAGGAUAGCUUUGAUUGCGACUGUGGUGAGCUUGAGCCACCCGAUUGUUGAGGGCCAGACUACUCUGUGAAGACUAAAAGGCAAGACACCAUUUUGGAUGAGCGGUAGUUUCAAAAGGAAGAAGAUUAAGUAAAUACAAAAAAUACAAAAAAAAAUAGAAUUUAAAAUUGUAGUGCUUUUUGGCGCAAUUAGAAUCAAUGCAGCUACACAGAGUGAGUCUAUCACUGAAUAUAUCUGUACUGUGAGGAUGCAACGAGAUGCUGCUGUAGGUUUUGAAUUGGCCUCUUGCGUUCAUUCCAUUAUCACUGGCUGUUAAACACUAAACGCCUAAAAACGGUUUAAUAACCAGAGAAGCGCCAAAAAAAAAAAACGAUUUUGAAAAAGUUAUUCAUAUUAGGCCUGGAAAAACUUGCACCAUUUGUCAAACAAACAUGACUUUCUACUUUGGUUGUGAGUCAGAGAGCCGUGUGAUUCUGUGAGGGUUAGACAGGGGGAAACAGUAGUCUUCUGUAAGGGUUGUAUCACCCACAUUUAUAUUUUCACAAUAUUACACACCAGUUAAGACCUUCUUUAGCUUAUUACCAGUCAGUUUGUCCAUUUUGUAUUGAACAACCCCAAAGUCAAUAGAAACUUAGUCAAAACAUCAAAUCCAAGAUGGCGGAGAAGUUUGAGUCUCUGAUGAACAUCCAUGGGUUUGACCUGGGCCCACGUUACAUGGACCUGAAGCCUCUGGGCUACGGCGGGAACGGCCUGGUGUUCUCAGCCGUUGACACGGACUGCGACAAACGCGUGGCAGUGAAGAAGAUCAUCCUGACGGAUCCUCAGAGCGUCAAACACGCCCUGAGAGAGAUCAAGAUCAUCAGAAGGCUGGACCACGACAACACUGUCAAGGUAUUUGAGACGCUAGGGCCCAGCGGUCGUCACCUAACAGAGGACAUGGUCUCUCUGACAGAGGUGAACUCUGUGUACAUCGUCCAGGAGUACAUGGAGACAGACCUGUGUCAGCUCCUGGAGAGGGGUCUUCUCUCUGAGGACCACGCCAGACUCUUCAUGUACCAGCUGCUGAGAGGCCUCAAGUACAUCCACUCUGCCAACGUACUGCACAGAGACCUGAAGCCUGCCAACUUGUUCGUCAACACAGAGGACCUGGUGCUGAAGAUAGGAGACUUUGGGCUGGCCCGGAUCAUGGAUCCUCACUACUCACACAAGGGUCAUCUUUCUGAGGGUUUGGUGACUAAAUGGUACCGGUCUCCUCGCCUGCUGCUCUCCCCUAACAACUACACCAAGGCCAUUGACAUGUGGGCUGCCGGAUGCAUCUUCGCCGAGAUGCUCACCGGGAAAACGCUCUUCGCAGGAGCCCAUGAGCUGGAGCAGAUGCAGCUGAUCCUGGAGUCCAUCCCUGUGCUGAGAGAAGAGGACAGGCAGGAGUUACACAGUGUUAUCCCCGUCUUCAUACACGGUGACAUGUCCCAGCCACACAACCCACUGGCCAAGCUGCUGCCCGACGUCAGCCCACAGGCCCUGGAUUUCCUGCAAAAGAUCCUGACCUUUAACCCCAUGGACCGUCUGACAGCAGAAGAAGCCCUAGCCCACCCCUACAUGUCUGACUACUCCUUCCCCCUGGACGAACCCGUCUCCCUGCACCCCUUCCACAUAGAGGAUGAGGUGGAUGAUAUCUUACUGAUGGACCAGGGUCACAGCCACACCUGGGACAGGUACCGUGACAGCCAGCUUUCUGAAGGGGACUGGCACCUCCACACCCACAGCACUCUGGACACUGACGAGGUACAGGUGGAUCCUCGGGCUCUGUCUGACCAAACUGACGAGGAGGAGGUCCAGGUGGACCCUCGUAAGUAUGCAGACGGAGACCGGGAGUUCCUGGACGAUCCUUCCUACGGCUACUCCUCCCUCUUCACUCCCGAACGCUCGUGGCCCGACCCCGAUGACGAACACUUGGACCUUCACCACGAGAACAAGUACUGUGACCUGGAGUGUUCCCACACCUGUAACUACAAGGUGGCGUCUCCAUCCUACCUGGAUAAUCUGAUCUGGAGGGACAGCGAGGUCAACCACUACUACGAGCCCAAACUCAUUAUAGAUCUGUCCAACUGGAAGGAGCAGCAGAGUAGAGAGAAACAAGCCCAGGCUGCAGGCAGAGACAAGGAGCACAAGGCCCAGAAGAGCAAGUGUGAGAAGAACGGCCUGGUGAAGGCUCAGAUGGUUCUACAGGUAGAGAAGGGCCCCGUGGAGAAGGACUCCCAGCAAGAGAAGAACCAGACCCAAACUACUCAACAGAAUCAAGGCUUUGACUUUGACUCCUUCAUCGCCGGCACCAUCAAACUGAGCCUGCGAACUGAGCCCAGCGACGUUGGACUCCUGGGGGACGUGGGCCUCCUGAGCGAGGUGGGCCUCCUGAGCGAGGUGGGCCUCCUGAGCGAGGUGGGCCUCCUGAGCGAGGUGGGCCUCCUGAACGAGCUCAACUCGUCUGUGUCCCAGCUGGAGGCUCCGCGGUCAGGCUCCAUGUCCAAAACCAUCAGCCAGGAGAAGGAGGAGAAGUGUCUGGUCAACUUUGCUCAGGUCAGCAUCACCGUGGGGACCGCUGGGUCUGGGGCGCGUCCCGCACACCCCUGGGAGAGCUUCGGAGGGGGGGAGAGGGUGGAGGAGCGGAGAGGUGGGUGUCUGAUGGACGGGGCGGGGCGCUGGGACGUUGGGAAAGAGGAGCAGCUCCAGAAGGACAGCUCCUACACCAGCUACCUGGACAGACUGUUCAGCAGGAAGGACGAGGGCAGCGGGGAGAGUGCUGCUAGCGCCGACACCCCAGAACCCGAGCCCUCGGAUGUGGGAGGGGAGAGGGAACGGGACGAGGGGGGCUUCCUGGCGCGGAGCGGAGAAAUCAUGUUUAACAUGCAGCUGGACUCUCUGGCGCUGCCGGGGUUCGAUGCUACGACCGACGCGCCGCUCAAAUCCAUCCAGGCCUCCCUCGCCCCCUCCACGGUCAAAUCCAUCCAGGCCUCCCUCGCCCCCUCCACGGUCAAAUCCAUCCAGGCCUCCCUCGCCCCCUCCACGGUCAAAUCCAUCCAGGCCUCCCUCGCUCCCUCCACGGUCAAGUGCUCUCCUCAGAUCGCCCACACAACCUACAGCAGCUUCUUCAAGCAUCUCAAUUAGAAACAUAAACGAUACCAUGCUCCUCACAGUGCAAGAUCUCUAGGCUGGUUCUGUUCUGUUGUCCUUGUAUUUUAUUUCAUUAUGAUAGUAAUGUUAUUUUACUUGAAUCAUUUCAUACCUUAUCGUAUGGCUCCUUUUUAAAAUAUACACUUUUAUUUUGUAUUUUUUUUUUUUUAGUUGUAGGAGUUAAAGGUAAAAUAGACUGGGUUGAAAGUUGCUAACAGAUCAAACAUCAGAGUUAUUACCUCUGGGUUCACUGGGCCUACCUGAGUUGAUCUCCCCAAUUAUCCCUCAGCAUCCACCAACUGGCAGCAUUUACACUGCACCCUGAGUACUGUAGACUAAAGGAGAGGAGGACUGGGGAAGAGAGGUGGAGAAUUGGAUAGGAGAUAAUCGAGGGAGAUGAGAAGUGGUGCUAUGCUAGCUGAACUGUUCAUCCUGCAGCCUUCCCCUGAGCUCAUCACUGAUCUGACACCUGGCUGAAUAAGUGAAAGGAAAGUUUGCACCCUAUUACUUCAACCAAUCUGACCGUCUCAGAUCAGUGAUGUGGUCAACGCAGGAAGAGAUGUAUAGAAAUCACAGCUUUGUAUCUGGGCCAUUCUGGUGUCUGUGACAGCAUGGCCAGGGCCAUUCUGGUGUCUGUGACAGCAUGGCCAGGGCCAUUCUGGUGUCCGUGACGGCAUGGCCAGGGCCAUUCUGGUGUCUGUGACAGCAUGGCCAGGGCCAUUCUGGUGUCUGUGACCGCACGGCCAGGGCCAUUCUGGUGUCUGUGACAGCAUGCCCAGGGCCAUUCUGGUGUCUGUGACCGCACGGCCAGGGCCAUUCUGGUGUCUGUGACCGCAUGGCCAGGGCCAUUCUGGUGUCUGUGACAGCAUGGCCAGGGCCAUUCUGGUGUCUGUGACCGCACGGCCAGGGCCAUUCUGGUGUCUGUGACCGCACGGCCAGGGCCAUUCUGGUGUCUGUGACCGCACGGCCAGGGCCAUUCUGGUGUCUGUGACCGCACGGCCAGGGCCAUUCUGGUGUCUGUGACAGCAUGGCCAGGGCCAUUCUGGUGUCUGUGACAGCACGGCCAGGGCCA